UUCUUUUUAACCGGAGUCAUUUCAACAGUUUUAUUUUUUUAGUAGUAUUGUUUGUGUGUUUGACAAAUAUGGCUGAUACCGAGACCGCGCCAGCAGUUGCUCCUACCAAGCCUUCAAAGAAGAAGGUGGCAGCUUCGAAAAGCAAACCGGCAGGUCCCAGCGUGUCUGAUCUGACCGUGAAGGCUGUGGGCGCCUCCAAAGACCGGCACGGGCUGUCCCUCCCUGCACUCAAGAAGGCUCUCAAGGCUGCGGGCUACGAUGUGGAGAAGAACAACGCCCGCCUCUUGUUGUCACUCAGGAGUCUGGUCAGCAAAGGGAAGUUGCUGCAGCACAAGGGUUCCUACAAGCUCAACAAGAAGGAGGCACCCAAGAAGGAAAAAACUGCCAAAAAGAAGUCUGUUGCUAAAGCCAAGACACCCGGGACUGCUAAGAAAUCCAAGAAGACAGCAGCAGCCGGCAGCAAAAAGAAGGCGCCAAAGAAAGCCAAGAAACCAGCAGCAGCUAAAAAGGCGGCCAAGAGUCCUAAGAAGGUCAAAUCUGCUAAACCGAAGGCAGCCAAGAGUCCAGCGAAAAAGCCAGUGAAGCCCAAAGCUCUGAAACCCAAGAGUGCACCCAAAGCAAAAAAGACAGCAUCGAAAGCUAAGAAGUAAAGCUCUUUAGCGGUGCAACCCCCAAAGGCUCUUUUAAGAGCCACU